GGGAAAAUCGAGCGCGGUUAUCGAAUGACUUUUUUUUUUCUUCUUCCCUAAAAACCGCCCUUUUUGGAUUUGGAAAUUCAUGCGCUUUGUUUCUUUUUUACUGCUCCUUAUAUCCAUCCUUCUCUACCACUACUACAGCACCUACUACUCAGACGACAUGGGAAACGAGACCUUACCUAUUCUUAUUAUUGGUGGCGGUUUGGCAGGAUUAUCUGCUACGGUCGAAGCAGCGACACUGGAACCUUCUGUUAAAGUCAUUCUUGUAGACAAGGAAGCCAAUAUUGGUGGUAAUUCUGCAAAAGCAACGUCUGGAAUCAAUGCCAUGACCGAACCGGGCGAUUCGCUUGACGCGUUCGAAAGAGAUACCCUCGCGUCAGGCGGCGGGCUGUCCAAUCCAGACCUCGUGCAUAAGCUUGUGCAUGAAAGCGAAGAAGCUCUGGCAUGGCUCAAGUUGCAAGACCCGACCUUGGAUCUGGGAGUUGUCUCUCAAUGCGGUGGUCAUACGCAUCCACGUACCCAUCGAUGCCCUCCAGCACCGGAUGGCAGACCUGUCCCAGUCGGGUUCCGGACCAUCACUGCGUUGAAAGACCGAAUCGCCCAGCUGAGCAACGUGCAAGUGUGGACCAGCACUCGUGUGGCCAAUAUCUAUCCAGAGGAGAAACGCGUGCGACUUGUCAAGGAAGGAGAGACACUGGAUUUGGAUGUGUCUGCGGUCGUGCUCACAAGUGGGGGAUUUGCAGGACAGACACAGGAGUUGCAGCAGCCCGAGGGGACCAAGACCUUACUAAGUGAAUAUGCACCCCAGCUUCUCAACACUGCCACGACGAAUGGACCAUGGGCCAACGGUGACGGUGUGCGGCUGGGUUUGGCUGCUGGUGCUGCGACAAAAGAUAUGGAACACAUCCAAGUGCAUCCAAGUGGUUUUGUGGACCCAAACAAUCCAAAUUCAGGCUCAAAGUUUCUGGCGCCCGAAGCUUUACGUGCUUACGGUGCAGUGAUGCUGAAUGCUGAUGGACACCGGUUUGCAGACGAACUGUCCAGACGUGAUGUGCUGACAAAGUCGAUCUUUGAAGCCAACAGCCGUGGCAGGGGUCAUUUACCGCCAGAUUAUGCCUCCUGUUAUCUGGUGCUGACCGAGCCUAUGAUUGAGCAGUUUGGUAAAGCAACGGCCUCGUUUUACGCGAAAAAGGGCCUCUUUGUCCAGUGCAACGGAUUGGACGAGGUGGCAGCAUACAUCCAAGUGGAUCCAACACAGCUCAAGGACGAAUUCACACGCUAUGACAUGCACGUUGUGGAGCGCAAAAAUGAUACCUCUGUCAAAGCAGCUCCGGAUGCUUUUGGCAAAACUGUGUUUCCAAACCCCAUCACUUCUGACGGUACCUAUUGGGUCGGCAUCAUUACCCCAUGUGUGCACUACACGAUGGGUGGACUUGCUAUCAACAGCGAAGCCGCUGUGAUGUCCUCUAAAACUAACAAUCCCAUACCAGGUCUCUUUGCUGCUGGUGAAGUAACGAGCGGCGUUCAUGGCCGUAACAGAUUGGCUGGAAACUCGCUUUUGGAAUGUGUGGUUUAUGGAAGAACAGCUGGCCGUAGUGCUUCUUUAUAUGCUAGUGAAAAUUAAAAGAAUAAAAUACAUGAUUAUCUACGCUAAGUAUGUGAAUAUUAUAUACAAUUGUUCUUGAAUCGGUGGCUCCAUGUACAGUUAAGAAGGUGGUGGUGGUGGUGGUGGUUGG